UUACAUUUUCAUCCCAUCUUAUUUUCUUGAAAAUAUAUUCCCAACUAAAAUUGUUUCAGCCUCUGAAAACUAUAUUAAGAUCACAAGCUAUGGCAGACGGAGUUGUUUCCGCAGUUGUCGAAACAAUUCUCGGAGUUUUGAGUUCAUCUACGCUACAAGAGAUCUCUCUCUAUUUGGGAUUGACCGAUGAUCUCAACAAUCUCGAAAGCACGUUCUCGACGAUCCAACUCGUGCUCAAAGAUGCUGAAAUCAAGCAGAGGAAGAGUGAGGCGAUCCAAAACUGGCUAUGGAAGCUCAAAAACGCCUCCUAUGAUGCCGAAGACGUACUUGAUCGUAUAGCCACCGAGGGCCUUCGACGAAAAGCCGACGACGAAAGAGGUACGCGUUACCGUUUAAAAUCGUUUCUUUCGUCGAGAAAUCCAUUGUUGUUCCAUUCGAAAAUGGCGCAUGAAGUGAAAAGUAUUAGGGCGAAACUAGACGCCAUAGCGGAGGAAAGGCUUAAGUUUCAUUUGGGAGAGAGUGUUGUCGAAAAUCGAUUUGGAGAGGCGUUUGAGAGUAGAAUUACUAGUUCUGUGGUGAAUGUAUCGGAGAUUUAUGGUAGGAACGAGGAAAAGGAGAUGAUAAUCGAGAAGCUGCUUUGCAAUAUUCGUGAUAGGGGUGAUCAUAGGGACGAAUACAAUCCGUCUGUGUAUGCGGUGCAGGGUAUGGGUGGGCUUGGGAAAACCACCCUUGCCCAAUCGGUCUAUAAUGAUGAAAGGAUGGAUAAACAUUUCGAAUUGAGGAUUUGGGUUUGCGUCUCUGAUGAUUUUCGCAUAGAGAUGAUAAUAAGAGCGAUUCUGGAAUCGAUAGGUGGAGGUGGAAGCAAUAUUUCUACAUUGGAUCCACUGCAACGCCUUCUUCAAGAAAGGCUGAGGGGGAGAAGAUUUCUAUUGGUUCUGGAUGAUGUAUGGAAUGAGAACCAUAGGCUAUGGGACGGAUUGAAAGAAAUUUUGAAAUGCGGGUUGAAAGGAAGCAUGCUAAUGGUGACGACCCGUAUUGAGAAAGUAGCUCUCAUGAUGGCUAACAUUGGCGUACACCAUAUUGGGUAUUUAUCGGAUGAUGAUUCUUGGGCCUUAUUCAGUCGGAGAGCCUUUGUAAGUGGAGAGGGGGAGGAGAACUUUGUUGCUAUCGGUAAGGUGAUAGUGAAGAAAUGUGGCGGGGUUCCCUUGGCAAUCAAGGCUUUGGGGAGCUUGAUGCGAUUCAAAUCUGACGAAAGUGAAUGGUUGGCAAUUGAAGGGAGUGAAAUUUGGCAUCUAUCGGAUGAUGAAAAUGGUAUCUUACCAGCGUUGAGGUUGAGUUAUGACAAUUUACUCCCGCAAAUGCGACAAUGUUUUGCCUAUUGUUGUAUAUUUCCGAAAGAUUAUGUCAUGCAAGAAAACCAACUCGUUGAACUAUGGAUGGCUAACGGCUACCUUCCCUCUGAUGGGCUAAGGGAUAUGUACCUCAGCGGACGUUUGAUCUUUCAAGAAUUGGUGUGGAGAUCAUUUCUCCAAGAUGUCCAGAUAGAUUAUCGGGGUUAUAUGAAGUGUAAAAUGCAUGAUUUGAUGCACGAUUUAGCUUCUUCUGUUAUGAGACACGAAACCUAUAUCGUAGAGCAUGGUAAGACAGUCAUAAUGCCUAAAACAAUUCGUCACUUGUCUAUCAACUUAAAUUCCUCUUGGAAUUUUUCAAAAAGUACGAGUAAGUUCAAACUUCCAAUUGAUGACUCUUUGCGCUCAAUUAUUGUUCACGGAGGAGGAGGAGGAGGAGCAAUACUAGAAGCUUGGAAAGAAGGUUUAUCUUCCAUCUUCUCAAAGCAAAGAUGCUUAAGAGCAUUGGACGCAAAGUAUUGCAUCAGAAAAAAGUUACCGGAUUUAGUUUGGAAAUUGGAACAUCUUAGGUACCUUGUACUCUCAUGCUAUAAUAUCAAGAGUUUACCUGAGUCUUUGACUUGUCUCCAAAACCUUCAGACUUUGAAGCUUACAAAUUCUUUGGAGCUUCUUGAGUUGCCUGCAAGUUUGAACGAGAUGAAAAAUCUUUGGUUUCUUGACAUUGAAUACUUCCAGUCGCUUGUUUGUACACCACCGAGGCUUGGAGAUUUAACUUGCCUGCGUAGACUAAGUGUCUUUAUUGUGGGUCCCGAUGAAUUGCACGGAAUAGACCAGCUGAAAGAGUUGAACCUUGGUGAGAAAUUGAGCAUAAAAGGGCUUGAGUAUGUGAGAAAUAUUGAAGAUGCCAAAAGUGCCAAUUUAAUGACAAAGAAGAAUCUGAAAUCUUUGAGUUUAUCUUGGACGAAUGGCAUACAAGAGAACUCCACAGAACACUUUGAAGAGGUUCUACAGGGUCUCGAACCUCACAAUAAUCUUGAAACGAUACGUAUUGAGUCAUAUCAAGGUUCCAGGUUCCCAAAUUGGAUGUCAACUUUAGCUUUUAAAAAUAUAACGGAAGUUUCUCUCGUCAAUUGUCAAAGAUGUGAACACCUACCACCCUUAGGGAAGCUCCACUCUCUUAAAAGCCUAUACCUCCAUGGAAUGGAUUCAAUCAAGCGUUUAGAGGGCGGGGGUCCGUUUCCUGUGCUAACGAGUCUCAGAAUCUGUAAAAUGCCCAAUUUUGAGGAAUGGACCACAACAGAUUCGGUAGAAAGUUUUCCUUGUUUAAGAGACUUGGAUAUAACCGUUUGUCCAAAGUUGAAGCGAUUGCCAAAAUUACCAGCUCUUACAAGUUUGUCGAUGUUAGAUGUUAAUUUGGAACUUGUUAGAUCCAUCACGUUUCUAACUACUUCGCUCACAGCGCUUAGCCUGUACAAUUCUGCGGGAUUGGAUACUUUUCCGGAAGGGUUACUGCAAAAUCACAAUGCCCUCGAAUGUCUACAAAUAGGGUCAUUACCUAUUCGAACUCUAUCAAACGUGCUCGAUAACCUCUUCGCUUUGAAAACCUUAUCUUUUGAUAGUUGUUCUAAUCUUCAUACUCUAACCAAGGGACUCGAGAGCCUCAAGUCACUCGAGACAUUAGACAUCCGCGGUUGCAAUAGUCUUACAUCGUUUCCAGCAAUAAUUUUGGAAGACUUGCCUUCGCUUAGAUCACUAUCGUUUCAGAAUUGCAAGAAACUGCAGCCUUUAUCAGGACCACUAAAUCGAGCACCGAACCUGCAAGAUUUGGUGAUAGAUGGAAUUCCAGAGCUCGAAUAUUUGCCCGAAAGCAUGCAGAUAUUAAGUAAUAUGAGGAAGUUGGAAAUAUGGGAUUGUGAUGGAUUAUGCUCUUUACCAAACUGGCUGAGUAGUCUUGAGUCACUGUCUCAAAUAAGUAUUUGGAGUUGUAAGAAAUUGAACUCGUUUCCCGACGACUUCAAGAAUCUGAAAUCAACGAGAAAGCUGGAAGUAUGUCAUUGCCCGCAACUUGAGAAGAGAUGCAAGAAACCGAAGGGUAAAGACUGGCAAAAAAUAUCACAUAUCCCCGUUAUACGUAUCAACUACAAGUACAUUCAACACUUGGAUCAAAAUAGCUAAAUUCGAAGAAGGCUGGAAACAUGAUUUCAAGCUCGAAAGUAAAACAAGGAGGUCGAAGAUGUGUGCUACCGAUAUAGUUUUGCAAAUAGGUACGUACUUCUUCGCAAUUUUGUUUCAAAUAAACUUAAAUUUAUUCCGUUUUAGUUUUAAUAUGUUGCAAGUAAUGUUGUUUUCAUCAUUUUUUUAUCGGAAUAUUAAAAUUUUUUUCUCUCAAGUUUGCACCGAUUUUACG